AUGAAGGUUCCACCACUCAGUUAUUAUGACGCAUGCCUUACUCCGUCAAAGAAAUAUGAUGAACAGGGUGACGCGUCUUUUGGAUUCGAACUCACCCGGUUUGUUCUCAUAUCUGGUUUAACAUUUUUGUCUAAUCUCGUAGUAGCUUGUAUUCACAAACUCACCAACUACUACGACAGUAUAUCAGAUAAAUUUUGCUGA